UUUUGACUUCACAAUUUUUUUGGAAAAAGAAGAUGAUUUCGAUUUGAUUUUCUUCCAAGUUUUAUAAUUUCCUUAUGAUUUGCGUCGAUUAAAAUUGAAUGCUAGAUUGUUUAAUGUACCAUGUAUUAGUUAUUCAAUCAGGUCCACUCUCAUUCAUUUCAUUACCUGUGUAAUUUAACAUAUUGAUCAUGGCAGAAGAUUUACAGAACUACAAACUUCAACUCGAGCAGGUUGAAGCAGCUCUAACUACAGCUCCGGAUAACGAAGAAUUAUUGACGUUGAAGAAAGACUUGGAACAAGUUAUCGAAUUGACAACACAGUUUAUCAAAUCUCAGCUACCGGAUGAAAAAAGAGAUGAAAUUGAUUUAUUUACUGAAGAUGUCAAAGUACCGGAUUCUAGUAUUUUACCUUCAGAGAAAUUGAAAAAGAAUUGGAGAAUAGGAGAGAGAUGUUUAGCAUUUUGGUUAGAUGACGGACAGUAUUACGAAGCAACCGUCGAAUCUAUAGAAAAUGACGAAGUAUCAGUUUUAUUUGAUAGUCACAAAGUCGGCGUUCCUGUAGUUUUAACGAAAGAAUUUUUAAAAGAGUUACCCAAAGGUCAAGAUCGAGGACUAUCUAAAUUAAAAAAAUUGCCUACGACGAAAGAACGAGAGUACCUGAAAAAGAAAAAGUUGAAGAAGCAGCAACGUUUUAAACAAAUGGAAGAAGAAAGAGAAACUGAGAAGAAUAAAUGGCUUAUGUUUAGUUCUAAGACUUACAAGAAAGGAAUAACUAAAAAAAGUAUUUUCGCUUCUCCUGAUAACGUCAACGGACGAGUAGGCAUUGGCACAUGUGGAGUCGCUGGUCGUGGAAUGACUGAUUUCCAACACGCAGAGAAACACAAAAAAUAGAUCUAUUGGUUAUGUAAUCGCGAAUUGACUGUCGCAUAUUGGAAAGCUGAGAUGUGUAUAAAACAAGUGUAAAUAGAAUUAAUAUUUUAUCACGUUAAAAUUGUGUCUAUAUGAAUGUAGCAGAACGUCAACAACUGCAGCUAAGUUAUUUUUUACGGUAACAAAAUGCUGAGUGAAUGAACCAGAGUCGUGAUUUGAGAUCGUCGAUGAAUCGUACAAAAAAAUUGUUAUUAUAAUUUUUGAAUGACUUUGUAUGUUAUUAUAAUUUUUAAGUUGUAUUGCAUUACUUUCAAUUAGAGAAACUAGAUGAAAUAUAUCUGCAGUUUUAUAUCUA